UUCUGGCUCAAACCUUCACACUAGAGUAAAAUCGUAGUGAUUAUGGAUGUACCAACGUUGAUGCAUAACCUAAAGGAAGAAGUCACUUGUUCUGUAUGUAUGCAGUUAUAUACAGAUCCUAAACAGCUUCCUUGCUUACAUACAUUUUGCCUACAAUGUCUUAAUAAUGUUGCUCGAACAAGCAAACGAAAUGGCACAAUAAGAUGUCCUCUUUGCCAACGUGAAGUAAUCGUGCCUGAUUGUGGUACAAUGGAGUCUUUACCAGACUGUUUUUAUCUAAAAAAUCUUCUGGAUAUUUUGGCCAUCAAAAAGUGCAGUACCUCUAAAGUGACAUGUGGUAACUGUGGCGAAAAAAAUGAAGAGGUGUCUUAUUGCUUUCACUGUGGCGAGUUUUGGUGCAGUGUUUGUCUACGUGGCCACAAUAUUAUUCGUGCAAACAAGGAUCACCGGGUGCUUCCGUUAAAGGAUUUCAAAGAAAAAGACUUUGAAGAUGUUCUUAAACGACCGGCAUUUUGCUCCAAGGAACUCCACGAGAAGCAAGUCUUGAAAUUUUUCUGUAAAAAGUGCAAUGUCCCAGUUUGUCAAACUUGUGUCAUUGUCGAGCAUGUCGGCCAUAUUGUUGAACAUUUGGACAUAACGGCGAAAGCUGCGAAGGAGAACAUCAUGAUUCAACUAGACUCGGCUAAAAGUGCGGAUAAGACUCACACAUACCUCGAAGAAGAGAUAAAAAAAAUAGAAAAUUGCACUAAGGCCACCGUAGAAAAAAUAAGAAAUACCACACAAUCAGUUAUUGUUAAACUUCAACAGUUGGAGCAAAAACUCACUUUACAAGUUGAAGAUGAGGGAAAGGUAGCCCACGAGCAACUGUUGGAAAGAAGUACAACAUAUCAGGCACAGUUAACCAAAUAUGAAGAAACCAUAUCACAAAUCGAGCACUUGGUUAACAGAAGUACUGCUGCAGAAGUUGUGUUGUUGCAAUCCCAUGUCAGUGAGUCCCUUCAGGAUUUGAAGAAUGAACCUCCAUUUAGAAGUAAAGGUGAGGAAAGUUUCAUUUUAGACUUCAUUCCAAACCACUCUUUUCUUGAAAAAAUUGAUGACCUUGGAAGUGCAGCAUUGGGCACUCUUUCAUGUAGCCCAACUGUGGCAAGUGAGUGCACUGUAACUGGAAAACGCAUGGCUAUGGUUGGUGGAGAGACAAAGAUUGAAAUUGUUACUAGGAAUUCAAGAGGGGAACAAUGUUACAGCUCAAAUGACAAGAUUUCCUCAAACUUUUCUCUUGUGGAAAGAUGUUGUUCAUCUAAAUUUAUUUGGCAGACAAGAGAUGAGAAGAAUGGAAAGUAUAUAAUUUCCUUUUACAGUAAUUUGUUAGGGAGGGUGAGGGCUCAGUUCACGGUAAAUGGAGAACAAAUGAAGCAGUCUUUAUUCCUUGAUGUAAUGGGGAGAAAUUAUACAUCUGUAGGAGAGUGCUGUGCAGACUUUUACAAUCCAUGGGGAGUUGCUGUAAAUGCCUCAGGUGACAUUUAUGUCACCGACUUAAAUAAUAAAAAAGUGCAGGUUUUGAGAGAACAUGAGAUGUCUUCAAGAUCCUUUGGACAUGAUGUACUGUCUACUCCUUGUGGGAUCUGCACUGAUACUUCAAGAAGGAUCUAUGUUGCAGACAGGACAUACAACAGUAUAUUUCUGUUUAGUUCAAAAGGUAAAUUCAUUGAAGAGAUCGAGGUAGAGGAAGAACUGAAUCAACCACGUGGAAUAUCACUGGAUCCUGAGGGAAAUAUUAUUAUCUGUAAUUCAGGAAAAAGUUGUGUUCAACUGAUUUCCUUGGAAGGGGACAUUCUCUUAACUUAUGAUGGGAGGGCUUGUGGACUUCAAUUACCAUUUGACUGCAUUCACUAUGAAAACAAAGUAUAUGUGUCUGAUUUUACAGGCCAUUGUAUCAAAGUUUUCAACAACACUGGAGAGUUCUUAUUUGAAUUUGGUGAACAGGGAUCUGAGAAUGGCCAGUUUAAUUCCCCAACAGGACUAGAAAUAGACAAAGCAGGAAAUCUCUUAGUUUGUGAUGACUACAACCACAGAGUGCAAGUUUUUACUGAAGAUGGGAGAUUUCUUACAAAGUUUGGAUGCUAUGGAGAUGAAUUGGGGCAGCUAAAUAAGCCAACUGGCUUGGCAGUCCUAAGAAAUGGUGACAUUGUCGUUGCAGAGUUUGGAAAUAAUCGACUUCAAUAUUUUAGAAACUAACUAGUGCUCCGGACAGAAAUAUUCUCAGUAAGAUCUUUAUGAUAAAUAGCUUGAAAGAUUCAAUAAUUAUACACCAUGAAUAUAUUUUCAGUGGAGUUUUGCUCAGAAGCAAAUGGAAUGGGCUAGCUUCAUAUUUUGAAAACAAAUCAGGGUUAAGUUGAAAGCUUAUUGCAGUCUCAUUCAGAAGGGUUAGGUCUGUCAGUUUUUCUUCUGAUCUUGUGACUUUUGAUUGGCAUAUGUGACUGUAAAAUAUAAGAAUGGAAUCUAUAAAUUUUGUAGAAAAACAACCCUUUGAAGAAUUAUUUCUGGACUCUUGAAAAAGCUACUAGGCUAGUUUGCUUUGACAAGUAACGUACAAAAGCUUAAGAAAACUCCAGGAAUAAUCUGCCGGCCCUUAAACACUUUUGAGCCUGGGUACAAUUCCCAAUUUGCCCCUGUCUCCCACAUAAACCAACUGGUUGUACAGUUAAUUAUUUUUACAUUCCAUACCUGGUGAAUUUGAAAGAAACUUCAUGUAAGCAAGUUUUAUCAAAGUUUGUUAGACAAAGGCUCCAAAUGUUUAUUAUGUCAGUGUUUCAUUUAUUUACAUUUUUUUUGGCAUUCUAUGGUUUUUAAAGUUCCUUCUGUCAGGUUUAGCUAGUAUAUACAAUUGUUACUGAGAAGAGUGGUUUAUCUCUAGAAAUGCAGUUGAAUUUAGUGCCCAACUAUUAGUUGAUUGGUUUAUAACAUAUUGAGAAAUGAAUUUAGAGGCUGUCUUCUUGUGAUAUUUACAGAUUUCAAAGUUCUUAAUAUGUUGUUUAUUGUGCUAUCUUGGUUGCAGCUUUCCAAUCUUGGCAGCUAACACUGUUUCUCUUUCCUUGAGCCGAGCUUCAACUUCAGCCUUAAAUAACAAAGGAAAAAAUGAACUGAUUAAGAACAUUGUAGAGGAAGCUUGAUAGAUUUCUUGUAAGGUGACUGGAUUUUGACAUUUUCAGACUUGUACUCCUGUGCAUUUGUGGCCUAAUGAUUAGUGCACUGGACUCCAGGUCCAAAGGUCUGGGUUUGAGAUCUGGUCAGGUCAGGGUGUUGUGUCCUUGAGCAAAACUCUUUACUCUAACAGUGCCUCUCUUCACCCAGGGGUAUACAUGGGUACCCAGCAAAUUGUCAGGGAAACCUGUUGAAAUGUGACAGACUGGUAUUCCAUCCAGGGGGGAGUGCUAAUACUCCUAGUCGCUUCAUGAUAUGGAAACCAGGAUAAGCAGGGGAGGGGGGGUUACUUGGCUUGAGUACAGACUUUACAGAUGAUACUCUGUUCACUUAAUUUCAAACUAAGCUUAAAACAGAGGAAAGAACACAAAAAUGCACAAACAUGAAUGCUCUCUGUUAUCACCACAGAAGUAAUGUUGUUCAGUGUCAAUAGCUACUAUUAUUUCCCUUAUGAAAAAAAGACAUUGUGAGAGUUUUGUCUUGUCUUGUCAAGGUGUGGAAACUACUUUGUCAAUUAAAUCCUUUACAAGUUCUAUUGUUCAA